GCUGCCUGGGCAGCUGCCCACCAUGGCCUCCUGGGUCCUCCUGCUCCUUGCCUCGGCGCUCCUGGGCUCCCCAGGUCUGGCCUUUUCUGGUGUGGCCUCUGAGUGCUCCGACCCGGCAAUGGCCCCCCUGGGUGAUGGAGAGCAGCUCUUCCCGGGCCUGGUCCAGGGGGGCCACCAGGGUGACCUGCCGACCACAAGGGAGCAGAAGGGCGUCACCUGUCGGCUGUGCAAGGGGAUAAUCCAGCAGCUGUUGGACAUGGUGGGGGAGGAUCCUGAUGAGGAUACCAUCGCCCAGGCUGCGUCUCGAGUGUGCAGCAAGGUGAAAGGCGUCCUGAGAGGCCUCUGCAAGCGCACCAUGAGGAAAUCUCUUCAGCGCAUCUCCAAGGACAUCAUGGCUGGCAAAGGGGCCCUCGAAAUCUGUGCAGACAUCCGCAUGUGCAAGUCCCAGGCAGGUCUCCUGUUAGCCUCUGGCUCCACCCUGGGGAGAAAGCACAAGAACUCCAGCCCUGGCUCCUGGCCCCUCCUUCCUUCCUAAAUCCAGAGUCAGCCUCCAGUUUCUCUCACCUCCCUCCUC